CUGAGGCAUGUUUCCGUCAUGGUUUCCCUCCGCUCUGCUGACAUCUUGUGGAGCAGCUGCAGCACAGGGCGCUACGUCAUCACCGGAUGUUGACACCAGAUGAAGCUCAGAGAGGAACAGCUGAAAAAGAACAACAAAGCCGCGACGACGAAGGGUAAAAACAACAGAUGUGCGUCUGAAAUACACUUAAAACAUCGGUGACAUCAUCGCUGGUGUGGACACACAGUGCCUCUUAAACAACUUGCAAAGAUUCACUUAAGUAAGUCCCAGAGAAUUGACGAUGGGACGCAUCUUCCUGGACCACAUUGGCGGCACUCGCCUCUUCUCCUGUGCCAACUGUGACACUAUCCUGACCAACAGGUCUGAGCUCAUCUCAACACGCUUCACAGGAGCCACAGGCAGAGCCUUCCUCUUCAACAAGGUGGUGAACCUCCAGUACAGCGAGGUGCAGGACAGAGUAAUGCUAACCGGCAGACACAUGGUGAGGGACGUCAGCUGCAAGAACUGCAACAGCAAGUUGGGUUGGAUCUAUGAGUUUGCCACCGAGGACAGUCAGCGAUACAAGGAGGGUCGUGUCAUCCUGGAGAGGGCGCUGGUUAGGGAGAGUGAGGGCUUUGAGGAGCACAUCCCCUCAGACAACUCAUGAACCCCCUGUGUGAGGAUCUCACUCCCAUGCCCUGCUAUCCCUCUCCUUUAAUCCCUUUGCCUCUGAACUGUGCACCAUCACCUGCAGACUUAGUGAUCGGAGAACUUUUGGCUUCAACCCUUCCCUGUCUCUGGCUUCCACCUUAGACCUGUACUGAUUAGAAGAUUUGAGUGCUGGCUCUACUCCUGCUAAAUAGGCUUCCCCAAAAAUACUUGCUGAAAAUAUGUCACACGUCACCACCCCAAAACAGCUGGGCACACAAAUUUGUAGUCAAUGUUGAAGUGUUCAUGCACAGAAAAUCCCCGCCUCACAUGCUCCUCACAUUUUCAUAUGGUAGUUAAUAACAUGCAUGAUAACACACAUGUUCAGUCUCACAGAAAACAUCCCCUAGUUGUUUUGUUUAUUUAGAUUUCUGGAGGCAGUAGAGCUGAGUCCGUUCACCAUCCAGACAGGAGACGCCCGCUCUACUCAGCGGUGUGAAAUAAACCGAUGAAGGUGUCACUCUACAUAUUGCUUCUGUGGGGCUUGUGCUUCUGUGUUGUGACCUUUUGUCUCAAUGUGUUUGUCACUGGUGAGCACUGAAUGCAAUUAAGGCCAUGGUAAUUGUUAUUUCUAGAUCUGUCACCUUUUUAUUAGCCAGUAGUUAAAUAAAUGUUAAUGUUCAUGUUCGAACGUGACCGUGAGGAUCGCACAGAGUGAUGUCAUAAUUAGGUAUUCAUUGUAGUGUUUGGUUGGAUUUAAUUUUUUGUUGGAUCUGGCUCACAUGAUGUGCAUAUAUCUUGAUUGACGCGGUAUUCUUGAAAUGCACACAACGUGGGUUUAAGGUUACAAUACAUAGUGCGGGGAUGACCUCAUGAACAGCAGACAAUCGUUUAAUUGAUCCUGCAAUUUGAUUCAGUUCUGCCACUCGGUUACCAUGUGCCUGUGUGGUGUGCUGUGUGACGAGCAACGUGUCACUUUGGUGACUUAUGAGGAGCGUGUAUCCUCCAGCCAUGUGUCUUCAGUGUGACGGAGGAGGGAUGUGUCUGAGACAUGAUGGAGACAUCCUCUGGCUGCCUGUCGGCAUAAGGACAGGAUUUCAAGAGGAUUGGUCAUGCAAGCGUUUGAAAGUAGCCAACACAGUUAGACAAUGUGAGACAAGCUUAAAGACAGCCUCUGGAAAAUAACAAGCAGGAGACAGUCUCUUUUCAGUGAGAAUGUAGCUGGAAACGACUGGGAAAAUAAAAUCCAGCCUGAGUCAGAAUAAUCCAUUUAUUUAAAAAACAGUUGACGCCAAUCUGUCUCCUAGAGUUGAACUACUUUCAGGAUAGUGACCCAUCCUCUUUUUACAAUCUUAGGCUAUGGGCAUAUUUGGUCAUAAGAUGACAUGUUUCUUACACACAAAGCAAGCUUUAAUGGAGUUCUAGUCUUCAAAGUUAAGCGUUGGUCUUCUGACUAUGCCAGAGCCACAAUUUUAUAUCGUCCGUGCCCUGCAAUACAAAUGGCAAAUUGUAAAAAAUAACCAAAAUCUCUUUAUCUCCAUGACCUUUGAGGUUAUUUUUGGAGUGGGUUGUAGCACAGCAUCAUGGCCCUGGUGUGACAUUGUGCCAUUUCAGUGUGAAUGCCUGCAGGCGUUACCAAAAUGGUCAAGCUUUCACCAACCGCGUUGUUAUUGUCGCCUUCACAAGGUCAUACAGGACCGACCAGUUGUCAUUUCACCCAAAAAUUACACAAUCCAUAUCCCCAAAUCAAUGCAAUGGCUGUGCAUAAUAUUGUCUUUCUGGUGUUUAUUUUUACCAUUUUAUUGAAAGUCCAUUUUUUAUUUGCUUUACAUGAUUAUUAUUUUAUUGUGUUCAUGUUCAUUUAUCUUACUGUAUAUUUUCUCUAUUUGAGGUUUGAAAAAAAUAUGCUUUCUUGUAUUUGCAAGGGUUUUCUUGGAUGUUAUUUCUAAAUAAACAUUUAGUCUUGCUGGGUAAACAAA